UUUGGCCAGACCAGCUGUCAUGCUAAAACAAGUUGGCAGCCCUGCACACUGUUACACAGUGCGACUGUCAAAAGCGAUAAAAAAAAGUUGUCUGCUCGGCAUUAGAAAUUUUUGUGUAGCGCUGCAAAAUAUUUUCCUGAAAAUAUGAUACGUGCACCGCUAGUGAAGGCGCUGGGCGCACUCGGCUCACCCACACACCAAAUAGCCAGCCGAGCAGUGCGCACCAGCGCCGUUGUGGCCCAAACACCGGCCAAGGCGCCUGAGAAAAUCGAAGUGUUUGUCGAUGAUAUUCCCGUCAAGGUUUUGCCCGGCACCACAGUGCUGCAGGCUGCUGCUGAAAUUGGCGUGGAAAUCCCACGUUUCUGCUAUCACGAGCGCUUGGCCGUCGCCGGCAAUUGUCGCAUGUGUCUCGUCGAGGUGGAGAAGUCGCCCAAGCCUGUCGCCGCUUGCGCUAUGCCCGUGAUGAAGGGUUGGCGUAUCAAGACCAAUUCCGACUUGACACGCAAGGCACGCGAGGGUGUUAUGGAGUUCCUGCUCAUGAAUCAUCCUCUCGAUUGCCCCAUUUGUGAUCAGGGCGGCGAAUGCGAUCUGCAGGAUCAGGCCAUGGCCUUUGGAUCAGAUCGUUCGCGUUUCACCGACAUCAACUACACGGGCAAGCGUGCUGUGGAGGAUAAGGACAUUGGACCACUGGUGAAGACCGUGAUGACACGUUGCAUUCACUGCACCCGCUGUGUACGCUUCGCAUCCGAAAUUGCUGGCGUCGAUGAUCUGGGCACCACGGGACGCGGCAAUGAUAUGCAAAUUGGCACCUAUGUGGAGAAACUGUUCCUCACCGAGCUGUCGGGCAAUGUGAUUGAUUUGUGCCCCGUCGGCGCGUUGACCAACAAACCCUACAGCUUUGUGGCACGUCCCUGGGAGAUUCGCAAAGUGAGCAGCAUCGAUGUGCUCGAUGCCGUUGGCAGCAACAUUGUGGUCAGCACACGCACCAACGAAGUGUUGCGCAUUCUGCCCCGUGAGAACGAAGACGUCAACGAGGAAUGGUUGGCUGACAAGUCGCGCUUUGCCUGCGACGGUCUGAAGCGUCAGCGUCUCAUUGCACCCAUGGUCCGCAUGCCAAAUGGUGAGCUACAGUCUGUGGAAUGGGAAGGUGCACUCAUUGCGGUGGCCAAGGCGGUGAAGAAUGCCAACGGACAGGUUGCUGGUGUUGCCGGUCAACUGGCCGAUGUGGAAGCCAUGGUGGCUCUCAAGGAUCUAGUUAAUCGUUUGGGCGGCGAGAAUCUGGUGACCGAGCAGGACUUCAUCAAGGGCAGCGGCAUCGAUGUGCGUUCCAGCUAUCUGCUCAACAGCACCAUUGCUGGUCUGGAGACAGCUGAUGCUGUGCUGCUGGUGGGCACCAAUCCACGUUAUGAGGCCCCGCUGAUCAAUACCCGUCUGCGCAAGGCCUAUGUGCACAAUGAGCUGCAGAUUGCAUCGAUUGGUCCCAACAUUGAUUUGUCAUAUCAGCAUGAGAACUUGGGUGCCGAUGCCAGCCUCAUCAAGGAUGUGUGCAGCGGUUCGCAUGCCUUCUCCAAGGUGCUGGAGGGUGCCAAGAAACCGGCCAUUAUCAUUGGCGCCGAUCUGCUGGCGCGUCCCGAUGGCGCUGCCAUUCAUGCCACCAUCUCCGAGUACUGUCAGAAGCUGAAGAAACCCGAUUGGAAUGCCUUCAAUGUGUUGCAUAACAGUGCCUCUCAGGUGGGCGCCUUCGAUGUGGGCUACCAGCCGGGUUUGCAGCGUGCGUUGCAAGGACAGCCAAAGGUGCUGUUCCUGCUGAAUGCCGAUUCUGGUAAAUUGACCCGCGAUCAGUUGCCCAAGGACUGUUUUGUUGUGUACAUUGGCUCGCAUGGUGACAAUGGUGCCUCGAUCGCUGAUGCGGUGCUACCUGGCGCUGCGUACACCGAGAAGCAGGCGAUCUAUGUGAACACAGAGGGUCGCGCACAGCAGACUUUGCCAGGCGUCUCGCCACCAGGCAUGGCACGCGAGGACUGGAAGAUAUUGCGCGCUCUGUCCGAGAUUGUGGGCAAACCACUGGCCUAUGACACACUCGAUGAGCUGCGUUCGCGUCUCGACGAUAUUGCCCCACAUUUGACGCGUCUCGGCGAGUUGGUGCCUGCAAGCAACAGCGAAGCGAGCGCACAGACAACACCCAACAAAUCCAUCAGCGGCGGUGCCAUCGAUGUGAAGCUCAAGGAGCUGCGCGACUACUUCAUGACCGAUGCCAUUUCACGCGCCUCGCCCACCAUGGCCAAGUGCAUAUCGGCGGUCAACAAGCAGCAGCGACAGAAUGAGGAGGCCAAGCAGAGCGCAGCGAUUUAAAUGCCGAAUAACGCUUCAACUCUGAUCUGAUGAUAUAACAUAAAUAUUAAAUAAUUAAUGUUGAA